CUCUGUAAUGAAUAGUUCUCGUAUUCAGACACCUGCAUUCGAUGAGGUAUAUAAAGAAUAUUUUCAAUCUUCGAAUGAUAAGAAUGCUUCUAAGAAACUCGAGAGCCAGAAGGUGGAGAAACACCAGGAGUUAGAUGACCCCUUGCCUCCUGCACAUCGCUACUUUUUCCAUUCCGAUCCGAGGAUCCGGAAAGUAGUCAGUAGUCGCUUACCCUUCUUUACCCCCUUGAGCAUGGUCAGCAACGGACAACAUAAACAACCUAAUGUCUCAGUUAUGGAUUUUACGAGUCAAUUCAGCAAAGGAGAACCAUCAAAACAGAGAGGAGCUCAAAAAGCUUUUGGCAAGGAUGUCUCAACCAGUAGAAGAAACAAAUCGAAGAAACCGAAUGCAGAAAAUGGUGCAUUUGAAGGUUGGGUAAAUCCGAAAAGCAGUGAAGGUAUUCCCAAGAAUGCUGGGAAGAGAAGAGUUCAUGCUAGCGGCAGUCAAUCUGCUGGCCACUGGUAUACAUCUCCUGAGGGGAGGAAGGUUUAUGUUACCAGGACUGGUCAGGAAUUGUCGGGUCAAAUGGCCUAUAGGCAUUAUCAGAAGGAGAGUGGAGGUGGCUUUAGGAAGUCGAAAAAGAAAAGCAAUGCGAAGAAGAAGAAAGGAGGAUGAAGAAGGCCAUUAAUUGUCUUCAUAUUGCCAAUCUAUUUUACCUUUUUUGUGGUGUAAAUGUUGUA